CUUGUUUCCCAGGGUGUUUCAAGUGAUCGAGCGCACGAACGCGCCCAGCGUCUCAUCGUCACGUCAGAAAGAGAGAGAGCGCGUCACCUCAUCGAUUCAUCCCAACACCGCGACGCGUUUUCUUCUUGUGCGGCAACGGCACCGUUUCGCUCGCCCGAAUCGCGAUGGCCGACGGCGAUUGGGUCGAGAUCAUCGAGCCGUCGUCCGGCGAGCGCAUGUACGCGAACCUGGAGACGGGCGAGUGCGUCUGGGAGGCUCCGGACGGCACUUCAGUACGAAAGACGCACGACCGUCAAUGGUGGGAGCUGUACGACGAGCGGACGGCGAAGUUCUACUACUACAACGCUCACACGCAGAAGACGGUGUGGCGCAAGCCGCUAGACGGCGAAAUCAUUGCGCUCUCGAUGCUCCAGAAAGCAAUCAGAGAGCAGCAGUUGGAAAACGAGGCUUCCCAAGAAGUGAAUGCUUCUCCGUCGAAUCAUGUCAACAACCAGGAUCUCACACAAUCAUAUGACGUGUCUAUGACGUCAGCAGCAGAAUCAGGUGAUCGCGACGCUUCGCCACUCAGCCCGCAUGCUGUGGACGACAGCCACACCCCUGACAGUGGCAUGGCAACGGACAACAGUACCGACGAAAAAUGCGAUGAACACAACUCCCAAGAUUCGCCUCCACCUGGCGAACAUAACGGUAGCGACAUGGACAUCGAAACGCAAGAAGAACUGGAUCUGGAAGACAAAGAAACCGCAAUCGCAACCAAAGAAGUAAGAGAAGAAGCACAACAGUCACUUGAUGAUCAAGCUCAGAGUCCAUCAGAAAAUGUAAGUGUGAUCACAACCGAACAACCACGUUUUUCAUUUCACCUCGAUGCGAAUGUCUCUACAACGAAGACAGACGAACCACCGAUUGUUGAGCCUGACUAUGCAGAACCUCCUCCUACCCCGCCGGCUACUCCUCCACCUUCUCCUGACAGUCACGAUGGACAAAUUGUUGGCGUAAUGCCUCCUGUGCCGGCUCCGCCGCCAUUGCCGAAGGCGAAGCCUCGAUCGUCGGUGAAGAAGAAAGCGAACUGCAACUUUCAGAGACUCGUCAAUACGUUGGAGCGAUCGACGACAACGUUGGAGAGAUCACAAGGACCUGUAAAGCCGUUACGUCGUUCUGGCUCAGUUGGCUCAAGCACACCCUCCCCAACUGCCGUAUCACCAAAAGCGAUAUCCUCUGCUGUGGCUAUGCCGGGAUUGGCUGCACCACGAAUGGAGAGCUUUGAUGAUUUGGAGCAGCACAGACGAGGAAUUUUUCGGAGAAAAGUGUCACUUGCUAACAUGCUGUCGUGGACAAAGGAGAGUAUCGGGAAGCCGAUGAUUAUGCAGAGAGAUAAGAAGUUGAAGAAGGAGGCAGUGGAUUUGUUUAAAUUGGUGCAGAUCUACAUGGGCGACCGGAAAGCGAGAAAGGAUCCCUCCAAAGUCGCAUUAGACAUCGUGUGUCGAUGUUGGACCUCGACGGCGCUUCGUGACGAACUCUACAUUCAACUGGCCCGACAGACGACAGGCAACAGCAACUCACAAAGUCUGCUCAGAGGCUGGGAAUUGUUUUCUAUCUGCCUUGGCUUCUUUCCACCGUCAGGCAAGUUUCAGUCGUACUUGGAAGGUUACGUCUAUCGGCAUUUGGAACCCGAGACGGCGAACGUCAAAGGGGUUCCUAUCAGUGUACAUGCUGCUCACUGUUACAAGCGAUUAGAAAGGAUGAGAGACACGGGAGCGAAGCGCGGCAUCAAGAAGCCGACACUGGAGGAAAUCGAGCAAGCAAGGAUUGCACCUUACCAUCCGUCGAUGUUUGGUAACACGUUAGAGGAUGUAAUGGAGCUGCAGCAGGAGCGUUUUGCCGAUCGAGCGUUGCCCUGGAUAAUGACGACGUUGUGCGCUAAAAUGCUAGAAUUGAGAGCACACGAAACUGAAGGAGUUUUUAGAGUUCCCGGCGACAUCGACGAAGUGAACUCGCUCAAGCUUUUAGUCGAUAAGUUUGAAAUGUCGAAUCAAGUCAGAGAUCCGCACGUUCCCGGUUCACUGCUCAAAUUGUGGUUUCGGGAUCUCUGCGAUCCUCUUAUUCCACAGCACUACUAUGAUGAGUGUCUGUACAACUACAGCAACGUAGCUAAUGCCUUGUCUGUUGCUGACUCGUUGCCGAGUCUCAAUCGACAGGUGUUGAUGUAUAUUGUUCGCUUCUUACAGGGUUUUUCAAGAGGGGAAAUCGUUGAACAUACAAAGAUGGAUGUCAGCAAUUUGGCGAUGGUUUGGGCGCCAAACUUCCUUCGUUGCCCGUCGACCGAUCCGCUCGAAAUAUUUGAGAACACGCGUCGAGAAAUGACAUUUCUUCGAACACUUAUCGAACACUGGGAUACAGCGGAUGCGGACGGGAUGGUGUAGAUGGUAGGAAAAUGAAAGUCAUUUAUUGCGUUCUCCCGCACUAGUUGGUAAGCAUUGUGGGAUGGCUGCAUUAUGUGAUACUUUACAGUGCAAACAUUUAAUUAUCACCGA